AAGAACAUAACCCUGUAUGGUGUAUUCAACGGUAGCGGUACUCUAGAAAUGCCUUCUCACAAGGAGAGAGCUAGUAUGCAGAUAAAUGCCACAUAUUCAUACGCCUAACAUGUAGGAUACAGAUAAGAGUCUUCUUGAACAUUCACGUGCAGUAUGUUAUUUUGAGAUAGCUACGAUGUUCAGCUCUACCAAAGAGUGUCGCGGACAUCUUGCUGUGGAAAAGUACCGGCAUGUCCUCUGAGGAAGAGAAUACUUCUCCAUUUCCCUCCUCUUCUGCCUCGCCACCUCCCUCCUUUUCUGCCUCUCCAUCUCCCUCCUCCUCUGCCUCUCCACUUCCCUCUGCCUCUCAACCUCCCUCCUCUUCUGCCUCUUCACAUCCCUCCUCCUCUGCAUCUCAACCUCCCUCCUCUUCUGCCUCUCCACCUCCCUCCCCACACUUCAUUGGGAGGAGAGAGGAUAUCAUGCAGGCUCGGAGAGUGGUGAUGAGGGUGAACGACUGCAGGGAUGUGCUGGUCCUCUACUAUCAAGGGGAGUUUCAUGCCAUGGAUGUGCGAUGUUACCAUUCAGGUGGUCCACUUCAAGGAGGAGACAUUGAGGAUUUUAAUGGACACAAGUGCAUCGUGUGUCCGUGGCACAAGUACAAGAUCACUCUGGCGGAGGGGGAGGGGCUGUACCAGGCUGUCGACCCCUCAGUUAAGCCCCCCAAACCCACCUGGCGCUCCAAGGGGAUCAAGCAGAGGGUUCACAAGGUCACCGAGGCCAACGGCAAUAUUUUCCUCACGCUGAAUGACUCUGGGGAGGCUGUGGAGUCUGACUUCUAUCAGACGGAGAGAUACAGGGAGCUUUUUCAGAGGACCCGGCCCAAGCCCUUAAAAUGAUAACAGGAUAUGAUGUCAUGGGCAUUGGGAACAAGGGAUGGCAGUGUAGUUCAAUACUUUGUUACUGUACUUGAGUAGAUUUUUCUGGUAUCAGUACUUUACUAUUUAUUUUUCUGAGAACUUUUUACUUUCACUCCUUACAUUUCAUACACAAAUAUCACAAGUAUUCCAAGUUUUGGAAAAAAAAGUUUGCAUCAUUGAUGAAUGAGGACUCUACUUUUAUUUUUGUUGAAAGGUUAGUACUGUUACAACGUCGGAUGAUUACCAUAUGCACUGUAACUUGUUAAUUUUCGUGGUAGAGGCAGGAUUGGUUCUAAAUGAUCGGCAAUGGACUUUCAUAAAUAAUAUGAAUAUAUUUUUAUAUUAUUUUGUUUUAGGAAAAUAUUAGUCCGGUUGUGAAGUCACUGUGCCUUUCAAUUUCAAUUAAUUCCACUAUGUCUGCGAAGUUAAUAAAAGAAUGAAACCAAA